ACAGCGCAUGCUCCGCUCGCGCCGCCUCCUUCUCGCCAUGACCUCGCGCCCUCCAGCCGCGGCGCUGCCGGGCGGCGACUGGUCGUCUGAGCCCGCCCGCCCACUAGGUUCCCCUUCACCCUCCCCCUCGCCUCCACGUUCCCCGUCAAAAGACAAGGGCAAGGGCCGCGCCGAUGCGGCACCGGGCAGCCCUCUGCGGCCACCGAGCGCUACCGCCUCGUUAAGCAGCAUGCUUGAUGAAGCGCUGCACUCGCCGCUCGACAUCCCCUCCCCAAACGUCUCUCCCCGCUCCGCCAAGUCGGCGUUAUCCAAGUCGCCGUCGUCGCCGCCCUUCCUCGCCCGCCCGCCACCCGCACACCAUGCCGGCCCGGCGGGCGUGGGUCUCCGUCCCCGCCUUAUGACGCGCAUCUCGAGCACAUCCGCGCCGACCGCGUCCCUUUCAUUCGCCAGCGCGGAUGAGUUUCACCCCCGUGAGAGGGAGCGGUACGUGUCCUCGUCUCCUGAGGAACAGCGGCAGCGGCAGUGGGAGUGGCGCCCGCCGACUGGGCCGGCGCACUUCCACCAACACAUGCUGAUGGAACGACAUGGGGCAAGUGCGUUUCCCGAACUCGACCCCGCAACAGGGCUACCCCUCACCCGGCAGACGAGCGCUGAGGAGGACCGGCAUUUGCAGCGCACAAUCUCGGAGCAGUGGCGGCGUAGCACAGAUGUGCCCAAGCCUCUGUUCAGCGGGCUUCCGAUGCCAAGCAUGCCGAGCAUGCCGGCGCUCCCAACGUUCCAAGACGUGCGCAAGAGCGUUGACGGCCAGCGGCGGCAGCUGAGCACGAGCACAAGCGCGCUUGCCCAGCGCAUGUUUAGCACCAGCAAGAGCCGGAUCGACAGCAUGCUGAGUGAGGAGGACCAGGCCCCGACGAAAGAAGAAGAAACCGCAAAGCACCAGGUCAAGUACCAGACGCCCAAGAACCCAAUCGUUCUGUGCCAUGGACUGCUUGGCUUUGACUUCCUGGGCCCCGCCAAUCUUCCCGCCCUUCAGAUCUCGCACUGGCGCGGCAUCCGUGAGGUGCUCGAGAAGAGCGGAUGUGAGGUGCUCAUCUGCCGCGUUCCAGCGACAGGGAGCAUCAUGGAGCGCGCCGAGGUGCUGCACAAUACCAUCAAGGAGCGUUUCCCCGGGCGCACCGUCAACCUCAUUGCUCACUCGAUGGGCGGUCUUGACUGCCGCUACCUGGCGUCGCAGAUCAGGCCGACUGAGUUCGACAUCUGCUCACUGACUACGGUCAGUACACCGCACCGUGGUUCACCCUUUGCCGACUAUGUGAUCGACAAUGUCAUCGGAAGAGACCGCCUGGCCCAGUUGCUCGGUAUUAUGCAGGCAAUGGACCUGCCAAACUCGGGCGAUGGAGCGGCCUUCACCGCAUUGGGCACACGCGCGAUGAAGGAGUUCAACACUGAGGUCAUUGAUCAUCCCGACGUCAAAUAUUUUAGCUGGGGUGCGGCGUACGAUGCUGGCUUGUUCGACACUUUCCGCUGGCCCUGGUCGGUCAUCUACGCCAAGGAGGGGCCCAACGAUGGCAUGGUCAGCGUAUCCUCCGCCAAGUGGGGCGAGUACCGCGGCACACUGCUUGGCGUCAACCAUCUUGACCUUAUCGGAUGGGUCAAUCAGCUCAAUUAUAUGAUGUCGAGUCUGACGGGCAAGCCUAUCGAGUUCAAGCCGGCGACAUUCUACCUCGAAGUUUCGGAUUAUCUUGCGCAGCAGGGCUUUUAGGAUUCAAGCAUACUCCUUUAGACAGGGCUCUAAUGUAUCUAUCACGCUCACUCCUGCACACUCCUCUCAAAUACCCAGUACGUUGCCCAGGGCAGCCGCGUCCACCCCAGCCCCUCAAAUAGCGCAAUACUCGCGACAUUGUCUGGCUCGAUGUAGCAGUACUGGGGUACGGUGCCCUCGUACCGCUUGAAGUGUGCGUUAAGGACGACUUUGGCCAAGCCGCGUCGUCUGAAGGCGGGCUGUGUGUGAAGAGUUCCCAACGACCCGUCGCCGUGGCAUUGUACAAACACCUCUGGCGGUGGCACACCCGGCCCCCGUGGACGCAGGACAGUGAUGUGGGCUGCACGAGCUCCAUAAUACUCGAGCUUGCGAUAGUG